AUGAAGAAAAAAAUUAGCUACACACAAUAUAAAAUAAAAAAUACCGAUUCAAAUUAUUAUCUUUAUGAAUUAUAUAAAUCAGUUGAAAAUUGUAAAACAGGAAAUUUAUUAUUUAAAUUAACUCAUAAAGCAUUAAACUAUCAAAUACAUGAUUUACAUAUUUGGAGAUUAAUAGAACAAAAAUUUUAUGAAUUACAAAAAGAGCUAACACCUAAAGAAAUAUCUUCGAUUAUUAAUUAUUUUAAACAGAUUAAAAUUAAUGAUAGCAAAAUAUAUGAAAAUAGUAUUGAUAUAAUACUUUCAUCUAUCGAUAAAUAUUCUAUUCAUGAUUUAUCAUUAAUAUGUUUAUCUUUUACUUAUUUUAAUAAAAUCAAUAUAAAUUUCAUGAAUAAAUUAGCUAAUGCAAUAAUCAAAUUAUAUGAGCGUGACAAAAAUAAUAUACAAAAUCUAAGUAAAAAAGAAUUAUAUAACAUUUUUAUUUCAUAUGUUCAUAUAAUUGGAUCAUACAGUAAAAUAAAACAUAAAAAUAUUGAAUUAUUUAAAAUAGCUUCUUUAUAUAUUCAUUAUGCUUUAAAUUCUGAUAUAAAUAUUCCAGCAAAAAUUAUUUUAAAAAUAAUAAAUUCUUAUACCAAUGUAAAAAUUAAACACAGUAAAAUAUUUGACCUAAUAGCAAAGCAAAUUCCAAUUCUUAAAAUCACAGAUGAAGAAUUAACAAUUAUAAAAGAUAGUUUUAAACAAUUAAAAUAUUCUAAUGAAACCCUCGAUAAAUAUAUCCAGUAUAGAUUGUCUUAA